GCUCCCCCAAAGCACAUGCCAUUUCUGGCCCUUGAAGGGGUUAAAGGCCUCCUGGAGUCAAAAACAAGCAGGUGUCCCACCGUGCCAGAUACGCCGCCUAAACUGCUUCCAGCUUUUUUUUUUUUUUCCCCUUCUGCAACAAGUCUGUGAUCGGCCACGGGACAGAGGAGCCAGCAGCCUGCCUGUGACAGGCACCAGGUUAGCUCGCUCCCACUCGGGUGGUGCCCAGGGUACAAAUCCAGGCCGGGCCCCUGCUGGGGCUCCUCUCCCCGCACACUCAGGAGAGGGGAUCUCCUUGCAAAACCGUUCUUUUCUCUGAAGCCGCACAGCCCAGCGGGCUCCGCUGACUCGGUGGAGGCGGCCGCGGCCCUACCAGCAGCAAGGAGGCCCGCCGGCGGGGCGGUGAGGGCAGGUGUCCGCACCCCCGGAGGAGGAGGAGGCCCUCGUGGGCCCCAGCCCCUGGCAGCGCUGCAGGGGAGAUCUCUGGCCGCUGCAGACCGCACCAUGGGGGCCCGGGGAUGCCACCCGUUCCGGUCCCGUUGGGGGCAGGUGGCAGUGCUGCUGCUGCUUCUGCUCAAGGUGCCCCCGAGAGGCCUGGCACUGCCACCCGUCCGCUACUCCCACGCUGGCAUCUGCCCCAACGACAUGAACCCCAACCUCUGGGUGGAUGCCCAGAGCACCUGCAAGCGGGAGUGUGAGACGGACCAGGAGUGUGAGACCUACGAGAAGUGCUGCCCCAACGUGUGUGGGACCAGGAGCUGUGUGGCAGCCCGCUACAUGGACGUGAAAGGAAAGAAGGGCCCGGUGGGCAUGCCCAAGGAGGCCACGUGCGACCACUUCAUGUGCCUGCAGCAGGGCUCCGAGUGUGACAUCUGGGACGGCCAGCCCGUGUGUAAGUGCAAGGAUCGCUGUGAGAAGGAGCCCAGCUUCACCUGCGCCUCCGACGGCCUCACCUACUACAACCGCUGCUACAUGGAUGCCGAGGCCUGCUCCAAGGGCAUCACCCUGGUCGUGGUCACCUGCCGCUACCACUUCACCUGGCCCAACACCAGCCCCUCGCCGCCGGAGACCACCGUGCAUCCCACCACGGCUUCCCCGGAGACCCCCGGGCUGGACAUGGCGGCCCCGGCUCUGCUCACCCACCCUGUGCACCAGUCGGUUAGGGUGGGGGAGACAGUGAGUUUCCUCUGUGAGGUGGUGGGCCGGCCCCGGCCCGACAUCACUUGGGAGAAGCAGCUGGAGGACCGAGAGAACGUGGUCAUGAAACCCAACCACGUGCGCGGCAACGUGGUGGUCACCAACAUCGCCCAGCUGGUCAUUUACAACGCCCAGCUCCAGGACGCUGGCAUCUACACCUGCACGGCCCGGAAUGCUGCCGGCGUCCUGCGCGCCGACUUCCCGCUGUCGGUGGUCAGGGGCGGGCUGGCUGCGGCCACCGUGGACAGCAGCCCCAACAGCACGGCUUUCCCUGCUGCCGAGUGCCUGAAGCCCCCCGACAGUGAGGACUGCGGCGAGGAGCAGACCCGCUGGCACUUUGAUGCCCAAGCCAACAACUGCCUCACCUUCACCUUUGGCCAUUGCCACCGCAACCGCAACCACUUCGAGACUUAUGAGGCCUGCAUGCUGGCCUGCAUGAGCGGGCCGCUGGCCGUGUGCAGCCUGCCCGCCCUGCAGGGGCCCUGCAAGGCCUACGCGCCGCGCUGGGCCUACAACAUCCAGGCGGGCCAGUGCCAGUCCUUCGUCUACGGCGGCUGCGAGGGCAACGGGAACAACUUUGAGAGCCGAGAGGCCUGCGAGGAGUCCUGCCCCUUUCCCUGGGGCAGCCAGCGCUGCCAGGCCUGCAAGCCGAGGCAGAAGCUCGUGACCAGCUUCUGUCGCAGCGACUUUGUCAUCUUGGGCAGAGUCUCGGAGCUGACGGAGGAGCCCGACUCGGGCCGUGCCCUGGUGACCGUGGACGAGGUCCUGAAGGAUGAGAAGAUGGGCCUCAAGUUCCUGGGCCGGGAGCCGCUGGAGGUCACUCUGCUCCACGUGGACUGGACCUGCCCCUGCCCCAACGUGACGGUGGGCGAGACGCCGCUCAUCAUCAUGGGGGAGGUCGACGGCGGCAUGGCCAUGCUGCGGCCUGAGAGCUUCGUGGGGGCGUCCAGCACCAGGCGAGUCAGGAAGCUGCGUGAGGUCAUGCACAAGAAGACCUGCGAGGUCCUCAAGGAGUUCCUGGGCUCACACUGAAGCCCCCCCUCCCCUGGCCCCUCCCUGGCCCUCUCCCACCUACCCACCCACCCUGACGCCUCUCCGAGAACUGGGCUAGGUCACAUUCGACAGUCUUGGGCCAGCAGAGGAAUAUCCAUCAGAGGGUCUUAGAUCAACGUCUCUUCUUUGGGCUCAGUAAGGGGUUCAUCUCUUCUUUAGCUGAGGGAGACAAAAGAGGUCAGUAAACACUUGUCAAUUAUCCCUGACGACCAAGCCGCUUGGGCGCUGUUAUCCUCUCCUUGCCAGCCACCCCUGCCCCCGGCUCUCCCAGCCACCCUACCGCCAGCCAGCCUCCCACCAGGGAUCUAGAGAGGAGGCUCAUGGUGGUCACGGGAGCCAUGGAAUGAACUGGUUUGCAAAAGGCGUGGUGGGCAGAGAAAGGAGGGCCCAGGGACUCAGGGGGCGAAUUCCCCACAGCCCCCUAGACAGCCCUGAGCAGGGACCACUUCCUGUAGGGAGUCAUGGGAAGGGGGAAGCAGGGGGCGUGGUCUGCCCAGCACCCAAGUGGCGCUGAGUGGGGGUGUCUGGGCAGGUGCCCUUGGGUGGUGGGUGGUCAGGCUGUGCUUCGAUCGAGUUGCCCUGCGGUAUCUGAGGCCACCAGCAAGAUACAGGUGUCUCGUGUCUCCUUGGCUUUAUGGAUCGGCUUGUUGCUUGUGGAUUUGUUAAUUCAGUUCUGUUCGGUCCAACUCAACAUACAUGUUCUGGCCAUUUACCGGGAACCAGGUGCGGGGCCCACAGGGCGCUGUCAGCCACUGCCCAGCUCCCAGUCCAGACCAGGGGCCCCCGGCGGCAGACCCCGGGUGUCCCUCCCCUCCAUCACAUGGUCCCAUUCAACAGUCCGUAUGCUCCCAUCUGUCACUGGCUUCCUCGGACACGAAGCGGAUAGAAGCCCCAGGAUCUGUUUUGGUAGGAAGAGAAUGAAAGGAAGAGGACAAGCAGGCCGGG